UUGAUCACUAAAUAAAUAAAUAAUUAACUCAAUUCAAAAUGAUUUCGAAUUAAUUUCGAAUCCCAAUAACUCUCCUGUUCAUCAUCAUCAUCUUCACAACAAUCGCUUAAACGACACAGUUUCAGCCCAACAAACUCCGAUACGCUGCCGUUUGUAAAUAUCCUUGAUUCUCGGACUCCCAUGGCUACUCCUGCACAAGUUGGAAUGGAGAUGGAGGGUUUUGCAAUUUAUGAUGCAAGGAUGCAGUUAAAGAAUGAGAGAAAUUUCAUGAUGUCUAAACUGAUGCUUUCCACUUAUGAAUAAUGAAUGGGGAGAUGCACACAGUGGCAGCCGCUAUAGUUCAAGCAUGUCUCUUACUUGCUGCUGGGUCCAAGGGUAAAAGAUUUAUGAUGCCAUAUACCAAAGCCAUGAUACAACAACCCCGUGUCCCGUCAUCUGGUUUAAUGCCAGCAACUGAUUUACUUAUUCGUGCAAAGGAGGUAAUAAUAAACAGAGACAUCACAGUUGAUCUGGCAAGCACACUGGAAAUGAAAUCAUCUCCCCUGGGAAAAAGAAGGGAAAAUAAAAGAAAUGUAGAAUAAAGUAAAAAUAUUAACUGAGCGCUCAUUAGAAAAUGUGCAUACCAGUCACUUGAAGCUGUGGCCAAUGUGAAGAGGCACCCAUUUUAUAUGGAUUCCAUAAGAGCUAAAAAGACUGGCGUCAUUGAUAAGGCGGUUAUUCAAAAUCUAACCAUGUUCUGCAUAUUUAGUUUCUUCAAUAUUAUCAUCCUCUUAAUUUUGAAAUUUGCAUCAGAUACUCUGGCAUGGCCAGGAAACGAUAAUGGCAGGUGCAUCCUUAUCAGAGGAUCGAGACAAAAUUGCUGGCAUCAAAGUUCUGGUUGCAGUUUGAGGAGUUCUAGUGGAAUGACAUGUACUGCAUGUUGAAUUUGGGUAAACAAUUCUGAAGGUGAAAUCAAGUUCAAUAUUUUUUUCAAAUUGAAGACGACAAGUUGUGUCAAGGCUGGUGGUUGGAAGUGGUUGUACAAUAGUUCUCCUCUUCUGCUUACCAAUUGAUUGCUGCUUUUAACUUGGGAACAAAGGUUACUGGGUGAAAGCUGAACUCAUGCAAGGCUGCCAAUCUUCUCAUGAGACCAUCCAUAUUCUUGCAUACUUUAGUAAAAUGUUUUUGCCAUAACAUAUGCUCAAUUUCGUCUAACCAAACUUUUAGUUACUGCUAUAUAUGAACUCUAAUUCUCUAUUAGUCCCUCUUUUUAGUAAAAUUUGAACACUUUUAAUAUCCUGUUUUACAGUAUUUCCUUCUGAGUGGUGAAAUGGUUUUAGAAUACAAUGAUGAUCAACAAAGUCUCGCACGGGUAAGUUCAGUUCUUUGUACGCAUCAUCCUCCUACACUUUCUGCUCCAAUCUUUAAUGUCUGCGUGCAUGUCACUCUCCUAGACUUUCUACUACAAUCGUUAAUGUCUGUCUGCGUGCACGUCACUCUCCUCGACUCCUUCCGGGAGACGCAUUGUUGUGAUUUGGUUUGGUUACCACUCAGUGAAAUAAUUGUGCCACGGGAUACUACAAAUGAUGAAAUAGAAAUGCAGCAAGCAGAAAAAAAUGAAGGGUUGAACUCAAUCAUACACAUAUCAACCACAUGAAGGACAAUACAGAGUAUGUAAAAAUUGAAUUGUGUUGCUGGCAGAAAAAGCGGUGAUAAAGGUAAAAGCAGGUAGACCCUCAAGAUUGUUGCAUUAUAAAGAUUUAUCACCAAACAUGUUUUUGUUUUAACAGAGAAAGUGGAAACAACUGUCUGUGCUUUAGUCUGAAAACAUGAAAUUAGGUACUUUUGCUAAACUAAACAAGGAAUAUACAACUCACACUUAUAUAUGUUUAUAUAAACUUGCACAAUUACGGCCGACGGUGGUCCUGCUUGCCAAACAUAAAUUUAUCCAGAGGGCCCUCCCAGAAACCCUUUUUAAUAUUUCACGAAACAGUGUGGACUGAUAUAUGUGAUUAAAUUGAAUAUAUAUAGUGAAAUAUUGAUAGUUGGUGGCUUGUUGCAUUAUUGAAGAUACCGGAGGUAGAUAAAUGUUGAAGAGGAAAUCCAUUCUAUUGUGCAUGGCAUGUGAACAUCUUUAAUAUGUGGUUUCAUGUUCUUGUGAAUUACAGGGUGUGACAACACAACAAGUAAUAUUAUGUGUACAAGGCAUCUGUUGUGUAUAAGGCAUCUAGGUUUAUAGCUAGCUAGUUUUGAGGAUAUGAUAGAAGGAUCCUAACUUUCAUCUAGAGUUUAAAGUACUCGACAUUAUUCGAUUACACAAAAAUUAGUGAAUCCAUAAAGAUCUUUCAAUACUGUCCUCGAAGAUGUGGUGAUACGAAUACCAGAUCUGGACACAUAUCUAUACAUAUAAAGUACAUCA